UCUGUGCCGCCAUGACACUUGCACAGAAUAAAAUUAAAUGGCGUUUUGUGUUAUUCACGUAGAUUUAUAAUCUUUCCCGUAUUUCUAAUCUGUUGAAUUGAAUUUCAGCAUGACGGAGAGCGAUACUAAAAAAGCUGACACUGUUUAUUGUUCGUUCGUGAGCAUCCACUAUAUAGUCUGUGAAUGUGGUGAGACUUUUCCUACGGAAGAUGAGUUGAAAUUCCAUUUGGAAACUGAACACCCUCAGGAAAUUAAGAAAAAAGACUUUAAAUGCAGCUUGUGCGACCUAGUAUUCACUACCCAAGAAGAAUGUACAGUGCACCAUCAGGAGGCGCACACCACGAAGAUGGUCCUGGUGAGGCCGCCGUCACCUCCGAAGUUGAAGUUCAUUUUGCAGCCUAUCAAGAAAAAAGAGCCUGACCAGGAUAUAAUAGUGACCAGCGGUAAGCACCCAGGAACAAGGAAGAAGCCACCGAACAAGAACAUUAAGACCAAGGUGUGCGAAGUCUGCGGCAAGAAAUAUACUUCCAAUGCAGCGUUGAGGUACCACCAAAGAAUGCACACGGGCGAGAGACCGUACCAAUGUGAAUAUUGUGAGAAAGCGUUCACCAUGCCUCUGUUUCUGCAGAUCCACACCAGAAUACACACGGGAGAGAAACCUUACCAGUGUCAGAAUUGUCCCAAAGCUUUUGGGAAUAAAGCGGCACUAGUCAGACAUGACAGGGUGCACACGGGAGUGAAGCCCUACCAUUGCCCGCACUGCCACAAGGCGUUCACUCAGUCCAACUCCAUGAAACUCCACGUUCACACCGUACACUUGAAGUUGCCGACUCCUUACAAGAGGAAACGUGGUGAGAAGAUUGUGAAACAGGAAAUGCAGGAUUGGUGUGUCGUUAAAGACGAAGUGCACGACACGAGCGCUUUGUGCGACGAGGAGACGAGGGCGGAGGACGGGAGCGUGUAUUACGACGACGAUGAUGACCAACAGAUUGUCUACGAAGUUGUGUAUGAACAGGAGUGAUUGUGGAAUAAAUAUAUAUGGUCAUAUAUGUGGAUGAAGCAAAGGAAGUAGGUAUGCAGAGAUCGUGGCAAGUGGAAAGAGGUAGUCUCUGCCUACCCCUCCGGGAAAGAGGCGUGAUUUUAUGUGUGUAUGUGUAUACAUAUGGUCACGUCCAUAUCCCUUGCGGGGUGGACAGAGAUGACAGUCUUGAAGACUGAAUGGCCACGUUCAGCUGUUUGGCUUAAUGAUAGAAUUGAGAUUCAAAUAGUGAUAGGUUGCUGGCCCGCCGCCUGAAAAUAAGAAUCCCAAGUUUGUAAGCCUAUCCCUUAGUCGCCUUUUACGACAUCCAUGGGAAAGAGAUGGAGUGGUCCUGUUCUUUUUUGGUAUUGGUGCCGGGAACCACACGGCACCAUAUAAAUAUAUACUUAUAUUGGUACGGGACAAAUUACACAGAUCAAGUUAGCCUCGAAGUGAGUUCGAGAAUUGUGUUAUGAGAUACUAGCUCCUCGAAG